AUGAAGGUCGGCGUACUAGUCACGUGGUUGGGAGUCGUGUCGAAUCUUUUCGUCCAACUGGCUGCCAGAGGAUCCAUUCUAGAAUGUCCUCCCGAACUUCCCUGCGACUGUUCCCUCACAGUCGACCGGAUGACCAUGGAUUUUCUCCUCAUGGUUGACUGUUCCUCACGAGGUUUCACCAAAUUCCCCAAGUUGGUCUUCAACGAGGGCUCUAAGAUCCGGCUGAUCGAUCUAAGGAACAAUUCUUUUCCUCUGAUGCCAUCUGAUGUCUUUCCCGCCCUCAACGUUGAAUCGGUUGAUUUCAGUGAGAGCGAAAAUCUCACAAUACAUAAAGAUGCCUUGCAGCCUCUGCGGCAUCACCUUCAUAAGGUGGUACUUACAAAAAUGGGCAUAACUUUUCACGAAAGACUUGAUUACCUUAAAGGCCUUGUCCACGUCCACGAACUAUUUCUUGACUACAAUGGAGGAUGGCCGCUGCAAUUUCCCAUGGGCUUCUUUCGGGGGUUGAAUUUAUUGUCGCUGAAGAAACUCAGCAUGAGGUCUUGUGGAAUCUUUCGUAUAGCUUGGAAAGCUUUUGUCGAUUUGGAGCAUUUAAAAGAACUUGACCUGUCUGGUAAUUUUUUACCCGACAUCCCAGUCGAAGCAUCACGAUUAACGCAAUUAGAAAAACUUGUGCUCAACUCCAACCAAAUCCGCUCCAUCCAGGAAAACACAUUCCAACAUUUAAAACGUCUUCGUGAAUUGCAUUUAGUAUCGAAUCAACUGGUAUCCGUGACUUCUAUCCACGAAGACUCCUUCAACGGACUCGUCAAUUCCUUACAAGUGCUAGACCUCAGUAACAACGGCCUGACUGCCGUGCCCAUCCACGCUCUGAGUAACUUGAAAGCGCUUCACACGCUACUUUUGAGUAACAACCGCAUCCCACAUUUAGUGAAUGGUUCGUUUGACGGUAAUUUCAAACUAAAGCAGUUGCAUAUAAGCGGCAACCCAAUGCAUUUUGAGGAAUUUAUGUUCGCUGGUUUGGAAGGUAGUCUCCGUCGUCUCUACCUAAAGAACAUGAAAUUGCCAUCCCUGCCGAUUCCGGCUCUGAAGGAAUUGCAAAAACUCGUCUUUAUCGACGUCUCGCAUAACAAUUUUCAAUAUAUAGGUGAAAACUUCUUCCGUGGACUUCGCGCUCGAAGGUUAGUGAUGCGUUCCAUGAAGGUACGUAAUAUUUCCCCAGAGGCCUUUGUUUACCUCCACCGUCCUAUCGCUAUGGACCUGUCCGACAAUCGAAUCCAUGACGUGUCGUUUGUAGUCCAGGCGCCACGCUGUACGUUCUACGAACUGAACUUGACAAUGAACCCGAUCGAAUGCGACUGCAACGUGGAAAGAAUUAUCAAUAGUGGCACCAUCGAGCAUCUUCUUGGCAAGUGUACGACGCCCAGGCUAUAUGAAAACAAUAACUUGCAGAAUCACACUUUGGGACUGGCCCUCAAAAGAUUGUGCGGCUCGUCAGAGCGAAUAUUUUGUGAUUGGCAUGCUGAGAGGACCGACUCCGCCGGGCACACCCAUGCCGCUGCUAUUACUUCCACCAACCUUAUAAUUGCCCUAAGCCUGAUUGUAUCAAUAAAGUCAACGAUUUCAUUAUGA